AUGGCAUCACUUUUUACCGCGCGGCGGAAACCGAAACGCAUUGCGCGGGAAGAGGCAGACAAUCAACCGGAUGACGGCGAAGAAGACACGGGUCCCGUGGUAAGACGGCCGACGCACAACGCUCCGCGCACAAAAUCCAAACUACGAGUCUCGUUCAACCCGGGCGAGGAGGACGGGGCAGCAACGGGGGAAGCGGCAACAUCUGCCGCUACGACACCACAAAACAAAUCGGCCACGAGACUGGGCCUUUCCAGCGCCGCGCAGGACAUCCUCAGUCGAAGGGAGCACGAAGACCGAGAUGGUGAAGGCCAGAACCACGAUAGACCGAAAUACAACAAGGCUUACCUCGAUGAGCUGCGCAACUCGACACCCUCGACCCCACGCGACCUGUCGUCUCGGGACAGCCCGUCGCUGGACCUGGUCGAGCCGUCGACGACGACGAAUCUAGCACUCGACCUCGAAAGCAAAUUCGGCAAGACGGCAGUUCUGUCCUCCACGCUAUCCCCCCACAUCCCCAGCGCCGCCGAGAUCAGAGAGAAGAAGGAGCGGCGGGCGCGCCUGGCCAAGGAGCAGCAGGCUGCGGAAAAGUCGGAAGAUUUUAUUUCGUUGGAGGACUACGACUCGGACGGCGAGUUCAAACCGCGCCGCAUGCAAGUCUCGUCGUACCUGGCACCGCCGCGGGAGAAGGACACGCGCCUGGUCCGCGAAGACGAGGACAUCGCCGAGGGAUUCGACGACUUUGUCGAGGAUAGCGGGCGCGUCACGCUUUCCAAGAAGGGCCUUCGCGAGCAGAGCCGCAAGGAGAAGGAAGCGAUCCGGAAUCUCAUCAAUGAAGCCGAGGGCGCGAGUCCCGACGACUCCGCCGCCGACGGGGAGGGGGCCGAUUCUGCUUCCGACUCGGACUACGAACGGCGGCAAGAGUACGAGCUGGCCCAGACACACCACGGCAUGGACGGGCUAGCCGCCCACGCCGACCACACACGCCGGUUAACCCGCCCGCGCCAGCCGCGCGAGACCACGCCCAUCCCCAAACUCAGCGUCGGUCUGGCUCGCCUGCGCGACAUGGUCUCGGCGCUGGAAUACGAGCGAGCAAAGAUCGCCAAACGCAAAGCCGACAUCGAGCGGGAAAAGGCUGAGAUCAAGCAGAGCCAGGAGCACAUCCAGCGUAGCCUCGAAGAGGCCGGCCAGGAGCUCGACAGAGUCCAGAGAGAACACGCAGAGAGGGUCAACGGGACGACAGGAGGGGGUUCCAAAACACCCGUCGAGGCGGAUGGCCACUUUGAAUCUUCUUCAAAUUCGGCGCCGGCCGAAAGAGGGUUGGAGUCUUUUGGGGAUAACCGGCCCUGA